GUUAGUGGCACCCCACUCUACCCUGAACACCACACCCGUGCGACGACAAUGAUAAUGCAUGCCCGCAGUCAACCAAGCCACGGGCUUCUUCUAUAUACUUACAUAUCAUGCCAUGCGCUAGCUAGCUAUAUCCAUCUAGGUCUCAUCGAUCGCCACUAAUUCCUAGCUUAAAUCAACAGGGGAUUAUUGAAGCUUCACACAUCUCUCUCCAAGUACUCCGAAAGGAUGCCAGUCUCAUCGUCUCAUCACCCUCCCUCCUGCGUGACGUGCAACCUCCGUGCGCCAUGCGGGCGAGCCCUCACGCGGCUCUUCCGCAUCCAGGCGUUCUCCGUCAGGGCCUUCCGCUUCCGCAACCUCCUGAAGGCCGCCGCAAGGAUGAGCCUGUGGCGCCGUCGCCGCCGCAGGACGUUCCGGUCCGUGCGUGCGGUCUUCUGGCCGCUCAUCCCGCCGUCGUCCACGCCGGCGGCGGCCUCCGCUGCAGAGGGUGAGGCCGCGCACGGGGCAAUACCGGAGGCGGCGGCGACGGAGACGUUGGUGCACGCGCCCGUGCCGUCGCCGGCGUACGUGAAGGUGGUGGCGCGGCUGCGGUCGGGGAGGAGCGCUGCUAGCGGAGACGGGGAGGCGGAGGAGGAGGAGAAAAAAGAGGCGUGCCGAAGCUUCGAGAGCUGCCUGAUGGAGAUGCUGGUGGAGGAGGGGAAGGCGAGGGACCUGCAAGACGUGGAGGAGCUCCUGAGGUGCUGGGAGCGGCUCAAGUCGCCGGUGUUCGUGGAGCUGGUGUGCAGGUUCUACGGCGAGCUGUGUAAUGAUUUGUUCCUAGCGGCCGAGGGUGAUGACGCGGACAUGGACGCCGUCGACAGCUCCGGGACGUCAACUUCGGCUUUAUAAAUAGAUCAUCACCUUGCAGAAUUUGCAGAUUAUCGAUCGUCAGUAUUUUCUGUAAAUGCAGAACAAAAUAUGUUGUUCUUAAGAUUUUUUUCACCCACGUCAACGUGAGUGUGAUGUACCUCUCAUUGACUCAUUCGAUUGAAAUACGAUUUAACAACAUGGGAUCGGUGAUUUAC